AUGGGGAAUGCAAUUUCAAAUGGGAAAUUGAUUUCUCCAAUAUCGAUUGAUGCAUAGAUAAAGGAGUCCUAAUUAACAAUGAGAUUCAUGUUGGAUCAAAAGAAAUUAUAGGCUUAAAAAAAUACAAUACCAAAAGAUUUUGAUCAAUAGCUUUCCGCAUUGAUUAAAGAGUUGAAAGUGGAGCCAAAGCUUCUCCAAUAAUUCUAAAGCACUCCAUAAUGUAAAAUCAUUUAAUAUAAGUUAGACUUUAAAUGCUUAAUUCUGAAUGAAUAUAAAAAUAUCACAGGCAAGAAUUUAUUAUAAAAUUUACCAAAUGAUGAAGUGAACUACUUCACUUUAAAAUUAUCUAAUCCAACACUUUAGGAUUUAGAAUAACUGAGAAGGUAUCUCAAAAACCUAUAGAUUCAAGACUAAUAAGAUUAAUUGGAACAAUUUCACACCAUAAUCAAUUUACUUAUAGAAAACUUAUUUAAAUUUCACCAGCAAGCUCAAUAAAUAAUUGAGAAAAAGAAGCCUCCUUGUUAUUUAUAUCAGGUUUAAAUCUUAAACAUACUUGAAAUUCUAGUCAAAAUAGAAAAGAACUAAUAAUAAAUGCUACAGAUCCCAGAUUCUAUGGAUAUCAUUUUGAAAAAUCUACAUCCAUUUCAUGUUGAAUUAACAACAACAGUAUUAGAAAUUGCAUCUCAUUUAUGUUGGCAUACAGAUGAAGGAUACAAUUGGGUUCUCAAAAGCUUAAAUAAAUUGUAUGAAGAGAACGAAAUUAUAUUCUUUGUGAAUACCUUAAAAAAAAGUAGAAAUGCUGUCAUGAUUGCAACAUUAUGUGUAUUUAUAGUAACUCUAACUGAAUCUCCAACUUAGGAAGAGGAAAGAAAAAGAAUGCGUUAGUAAUUUAUAACUUUUGGAAUGGCUGAUAUUUAUAAAAUGAUCGUCAACAAAAUAGAAGAAUUUGAAUAUAAAGCUGAUGAAUUAAGAUUUGAAGUUGUUUUAUAAUAGAUAAUUGAUAACAAUAAGUAAAAACACUCAAUCCAAACAGAUCCAAAUUACACUGAAGAAAUUAAAUUGCCAAUGCUUUAUCAAAGAGAAUCCAGAAAGUGCUAUGAUAUUGGAGAGUUUUCAAAUUCAAUUAAAAUUAUUGAAGGGCAAAUUGAGGCAUUUUUGGAGAACAAUAAGGAUGUGCCCAUUUAAUAACAACAGGAACCAAAAAAAUAAGAAGUAAAAUAGCAUGCUAAACAUCUAAAAUCAACUUUUCUUACACCUCAAUAUUUAAAUUUAAUUUAAGAUGAAAUGGGAAAAGCGAAUUUAACUAAUCUAUAAAGAACGGUUGAAAAUAUUAAACAUGAAUCCAAAAUUAGAGGAAGUCAAAUUGUCACUGAAUUUGCAGAAGGUAUUUCAAAAUACAUUGAUAAACUCAAUAUACCAACUUAAAAAGAUAAUGAAAAUGCAGAGAGUUCAUAAUUAGAAUUAAUGAAAUAAUAAGUAGAAGACUUACAUGAAAAAAUUGCGAGUUUAGAAAAUGAAAUUAAAGAUAUGAAUUCUAAAAAAUAGUCAAAUGAAGCUUUUGUUGAUGUUUUAUAGAGAAAAAUUGGUGAUUUAGAAAAAAAAUUAAAAUCAGAUUAAACUAAUUAUUCUCAAUUAAAUGAGUAAUUGGCUUCAAAAAAUAAAGACUACAGAGCACUUCAAUAAGAAAAUGAAUCAUAACAAAAAUCUAUCUAACAACUGGAAAAUGAGGUUUAUCAAUUAAAGGAAAAACUGACUAUCAUGUAAUUGGCUAAAGCUCAAAAAAUGGAAUUAGAAGUACCUCCAUAAAGGCUUUCUCAUAAGUAAGAUAACUCUGAAGAAUUUAAACAACAACUAGACUAGCUCAAAUAAGAGUUACAUUAAUAAAAUCAGAAAUUCAUCACUUAAGAAAAUGAAAUUAAAAGUAAUUUUAUCUAAUUUGAUAAUAGAAUUCUAAUAAUUAUUGAAGGAACAAAGUGAAAAUCUCCAAGCAAAAGAGAUUCUAUUGACAGAAAAGAAUAAGGAGUGCAGAGAGUUAUAAGCAACGAAUGAAAAAUUGAUAAAAAAGAAGUAUGCUAAAAAAUUAUAAUUACAAUAAUUGAGAGAAAAAGUUUAAUCUGUAAAUUAUGUUAAAACUUAAGCUACCAAAAUUUAAAGUGAACUCAAAACUAUUGAGUAGUAUCAAGAUGAGCUUAUAAGAUUAAAUAAUAUAAUUGAAGAAUAAGCCAUCCUUUUAGAAUAAUAAAAAAAAGACAUCUCAAAACUUGAUGAAGUAAGAGAAAGUUAAAAGGCUUCUGAUAUAAAAAUUAAUCAAAUUGAAGAAGAAUACAAAAGUAUAUAAUAAAUAAAUUAUACCCUUAGAACAAUCAAUUAACACUUAAGCUCUAUAAGACAAGCUUCAACAAUUACAAAAAGAAAAGGAAAAUUUAGAACAGAAAUUGCUUUCUUAGCAAUAAAACAUACAAAAUUCUAGCAAUACAUUUGCACCGCCACCUCCACCAUUACCUGGAUCAACUUUAACAAAUACAUUGAUUCCUCCACCGCCUCCUCCUCCUCCUCCUCCUGGUGGUUCAAAAACCUUACCUCCUCCUCCACCACCGCCUCCUCCUCCUCCUCCUGGAGGUAAAAGCGCUCCACCACCACCACCACCUCCUCCUCCACCACCAGGAGGUAAAGGUGCUCCUCCUCCUCCUCCACCACCACCUCCUCCUCCAGGAUCAAAAACAGGUCCACCACCUCCUCCUCCACCACCUGGAGGGCCAAAACCACCAGGACCUCCACCUCCUCCUGGAGGAGCUCCUCCACCACCUCCGGGUCCAAGACCUCCUGGCGGCCCAGAUCCUUAAUUUGGAGCUACAGCUGGAAAAUAAAAACAUAAACCUAAUGUUUAACUAAAAUAAGUUUGCUGGACAGUUAUUAAGCCAGAAUAAAUUAAAAAUACUGUUUGGGAAUAGAUAGACGAUACUAAAUUAAAAAUGGAUUUUACUAUUAUUGAGAAUCUAUUUGCAGUCAAGGCAACCUAAAGUAAUGCAAGCGCUUAGGGCGGAGCCAAUUAACCUUAGAAGCCAGCUAAAAUUUCAAUGCUGGGUCCAGAAAGAGUGAAAAAUUUAGAAAUUGUUUUAGGGAAACUUAAAAUGUCAAAUCAAUUAAUAGUUGAUAGUCUUUAUCAGUAAAUUUAUUAAACUUAUUUUAAAGACUUGAUGAAACUGUCUUAAAACCAAAUGUAGUAGAAUCCUUGAUUACAGCAAUGCCAAAUGAGACAGAGAUUGGACUAUGGUAGGAUUAAGAUCAGUCAAAUUUAGCAUUACCAGAUAUUUUUUGUAUAAAUAUUAGCUCAGUAAAGGGAUAUGAUUUUAGGUAACUAUUUGAGUAUAAUUUAGAUUAUUAUCUUUGAAAUUUAAAUGUAAUUACAAAGAACUAACAGAAGAUUUGCAAUAGAAAAUAGUUGGCUUUUAAAAAUUGAUCGAGAAAACUAAAAAUGAUAAGAGUACAAAAGUUAUAAUGGAAUAUGCAUUAGCAGCUGGAAAUUAUAUGAAUGGUUAAUCUGCUAGAGGAGGUGCAUAUGGAUUUAAAUUUGAUAUGAUGGAGAAAUUAGCAGAUGUUAAAACUACAGAUAAUAAAAGCAACUUAUUAAUGUUUAUAAUACAGAAAGCAGAGGAAGAUUUAAAAUAAGAAUUAGUGAUUGUUGAUGAAAACUUAGACGAAAUAGAAUUAGCUGGUAAUAAAUGAUAUUAAUAUAUAGCUAAAACUCCAUUAACUUAAUUGAGUGCAGAUUUAAAUGAAUUAAAAAAGAACUCUAGGACAGUUGAUAAGGCUAUCAAAUCAAAGGUAUCUCCUCCGAUACAAGAUUUAGUUGAAGGAAAAUUAACGGAUUUUUAUUAAUAAGUUGUGACUUAAUUAGCUGAAUACGAAACAUUUUUAAAGCAACUUGAAUCGUAAUACGAUGAUCUUUCUAAUUUUUAUGCUGAAACAAAAGUUCCUUUUGAUAAAUUUUUUGAAAAAUUUUAUAAGUACAAAACAGUAUUAAGAUAAGCAAAGUAAAAUAUCAAUAAAAUAAAAUUGGCAGAAUAAAAAGAAUUGGAAAAAAAGAAAAAGUUAGAACAAUAGCAACAAAGUUAAUAAUCAUAACAAUAAUAAUAAUAAUAAUAACAAUAAUAAUAAGAAUAGGCAUAAAUUAAAAAAAAAUAGGAGGGUAAUUAUUAAAUUUAAUUUAGAUAAUUCACUAUCAGGGUUAAAAAAGCUUGACAAGGCAUAAAUUUUAAAUGAAGUUGCAAAACGAAGAGAAUCAAAGAAAACUAGCAUUCAGUAAUUAGCAGGUAUAUUGGUAAAGCAAUAACUGUAGACAACUUAAGCUCAAACAUAAGAAUAAUGA